AUGGCGAAGUCUAACGUUCUUGUGUUCUUCGUCAAUGGGCGAAAGGUCACGCUCACCAACCCAGAUCCGGAAAUGACAUUGCUUCACUUUCUGCGGUAUAAACUGUGCAUACAUCAUGCCGUCAACUCCUGUUUGGCCCCGCUGUGUGCGAUGCAUGGGGUUUCCGUCACCACCGUGGAAGCUAUCGGCAGCCUCAGAACAAAGCUACAUCCAAUCCAGCGACAGAUCGCAGAGAACCACGGCUCGCAGUGUGGCUUUUGCACACCAGGGAUUGUGAUGUCUGUGUAUGCCUUGUUGAGGAGCAACCCGCAGCCCACACAAAGCCAGUUGUGUGAAGCCUUAGAUGACCAAUUGGAUGGAUUAUAUCCCUUUACCAAGGAUUUCCGCUGCCCUAUGGGUGAGAACUGUUGCAAAAAUGGACCCACAGUAUCAAAUGGACCCUCAGUAUCAAAUGGACCCACAGUAUCAAAUGGACCCUCUGUAUCAAAUGGAGCAGUAGAAAGCAUCAGGAAUUAUAACCACUUAGAGGACCUUGUGGACACACCUGGACAGCCCUUAUACGACCCUACCCAAGAACCUAUAUUUCCUCCAGAGCUGAAGCUCUUGACACCAAAGCUGGCAAUGGAGAACUUGACGUUUACAUCUGAACGUUGUACCUGGCUACGUCCUGUCAGCUUGCAGCAGCUGCUAGAAAUCAGAUCUGAGUAUCCGGAAUGUAGGAUCGUUACAGGGAACACAGAGAUUGGGAUUGAAACCAAAUUCAAACACUGCUACUACCCUGUUCUGGUGAGCUCAGCCUGGGUCCAGGAACUCAAGAAUGUUGUGAUCACAGAUUCAGGAAUAUGCUUCGGGGCAUCUGUUACUUUGACAGACAUGGAGCAGCACCUACGGAAGGCUGUAAAUACUUUUCCAGAGGAGACAACUAGAAUCUUCACUGCAUUCAUCGAAAUGCUUAGCUAUUUUGCUGGCAGGCAGAUCAGGAAUGUUGCGAGUCUUGGAGGAAACAUCAUGAAUGCCAGUCCCAUCUCGGACCUGAACCCACUUCUGUUGGCCUGUGGGGCUGAGAUUGAAUUUGCCAGCAAAGAGUAUGGACAUCGCACAGUAAAGAUGGACUCUGACUUUUUUAAGGGCUAUAAGGAAACCAUAAUGAGUUCAAAAGAGAUUCUAAUUUCAAUCAGAUUACCAUUUACAAAACAGAAUGAAUACUUCUUUGGCUACAAGCAGGCCAAUCGUAAAGAAGAUGACAUCGCUAUAGUGAAUUCUGGCAUGAGAGUUGACCUUGGUGACACAGGAACACAUAUAGAAGACAUCACCUUAGCGUUUGGUGGCAUGUCGGUGAAGACUUUACUGGCGACAAAAACGAUGGCAGCCUUGAAGGGCAGAAAGUGGGAUGAGUCUGUGGUAGAGAUUGCCUGUGCAGCAGAGAUGCUACCCACUGACUUGUACCUGGCCCCUGGCUCACCAGGUGGCAGUGUUGCCUACAGGAGGACCCUUACACUCAGUUUCUUCUUCCGAUUUUAUACUGCUGUCACCUGCCACAUGCAAAAGAAAGUCAUCAGUGAGAGUAUACCAGCAGAGGUUGCCAGUGCAAGUGAGCCACUCGGCCGGAGUAUCAGUCGAGGAAGUCAGUUUUACAGUUCCCCAAAUAAACCGCUCUCUUCUUCAGAUACUAUUGGGAGACCACUAGUGCACAGAUCAGCGCAUGCACAGUGCACAGGGGAGGCAAUUUAUCUGGAUGAUUUACCCGUCGCUCAAGGUGAGCUCUUUCUUGGUUUGGUGACUAGCAAGAGAGCUCAUGCUCGACUGGUCACAGUUGACUUUUCACCUGCACUGUCAAUGCCUGGUGUGGUGGAUAUAAUAGACCACGGGGAUGUUCCCAAGGAGAAUGAGUUUGAGCCAUCUGAGCGUGUUUUUGCUAGAGACAAGGUCACCCACGAAGGCCAGGUAAUUGCUGCAGUUGUUGCCGAAACACAUGCUGAAGCACAGAGGGCAGCACAUUGUGUGCAAGUGGUUUAUGAAGAUUUGGAGCCAAUUGUUACAAUCAAACAGUCUAUUGACAAACAACAGUCUUUUCAGACUGCAGCUAAAAUACAACGGGGAAAUGCUGAGCUUGCAUUUUCCACAUGUGAGCAUGUGGUUGAAGGAGACAUGCAUGUGUCGGCACAGGAGCACUUCUACCUGGAGCCUCAAGGUUGUGUUGUUUACCCCAAGGAUGUUGGGGAAAUUGAAGUUGUGGCUACUUCUCAGUCCCCAACGCAGAUGCAGAAAGCCUUAGUGAAAGCACUGGGCUACUCUGCCAACCACAUCACAGUUAAAGUAAAAAGACUUGGUGGUGGUUUUGGCGGUAAAGAGACCAGAACAGUUGGUAUUGUUUUACCAAGUGCAGUCGCUGCAGUCAAAACCAACAGACCCGUGAGGUGUGUCCUUGACAGGGAUGAGGAUAUGUGCUUGACAGGGACCCGGCACCCGGCUUACGUUACAUACAAGAUUGGUUUCAACAACAGCGGAAAGAUUGUGGCUGUCAGUGCAGACCUUUACUUGAACAUGGGCCACUCUGUGGACUUGUCUCCAGCUGUUUUAGAGACUGCCAUCCUAGCAAUUGACAGUGCGUACAAUAUUGAACACUUCUGGGUCAGAGGUCACUUGUGCCCAACAAAUCUGACUUCCUGUACAGCAUUCCGAGGCUUUGGUGGUCCUCAGGCUAUCAUUAUGGCUGAGAACUGGGUCAGUCAUGUGGCGGACACCCUGGGAAUGUCACAGGAGGAGGUAAGGGAGAUAAAUUUCUACAAAGAAGGGGACAGCAUCCCCUGUGGUCAAGUUCUGAGAGACUGCAACCUGACGAAAUGCUGGACUGAGUGUUUGAAAAACAGCGACUUUUAUCACAGAAAACAGGCUGUAGAGGAAUAUAACAACAGAUGGAAAAAGAGAGGUAUGGCAGUCACACCCCUGAAAUAUGGCUUGGCUUUUUUGCUUCAGACAAUGAAUCAGGGAGGAGCUUUGGUUCAUAUCUACACGGAUGGAUCUGUUCUCGUUAGCCAUGGAGGAAUUGAAAUGGGUCAGGGUUUGCAUACAAAGAUGAUUCAAGUUGUGAGCCGGGAGCUGGAUGUUCCUGUGGCUUCCAUACACAUCGCAGAAACCUCCACAGCCUCAGUUCCCAACACUGGGCCUACAGCGGCAAGCAUGUCUUCUGAUUUGUAUGGGGCGGCUUUGAUGAUUGCAUGUAAAACUCUGAGAGAGCGACUGGCUCCAUACAGAGCUGCAGCACCAGAUAAAACACUCAAGGAAUGGGCUCUUGCUGCUCACUGUGCCAGAGUGUCCUUGUCUGCCAUUGGCUACUACAAACUGGAAGGUUUGUCUUUGGAUUGGAGCAAGAAAACAAACAACCCAUUCAGUUAUUUCUCCUAUGGGGCGGCAUGCUCAGAGGUUGAAAUAGAUUGCUUGACUGGAGACCAUAAGGUGCUUCGGACAGAUAUUGUGAUGGAUGUUGGUCAAAGUCUUAACCCAGCUGUAGACAUUGGGCAGAUUGAAGGAGCAUUUACACAAGGCUAUGGUCUUGUCAUGUUGGAAGACUACAAAGUUUCACCAGAAGGCAUACAUUUAUCCAGGGGCCCUGGCAAUUAUAAAAUCCCAUCUUUUGCCAACAUACCACAGGUACUGAACGUGUCUCUGCUGAAGAAGAGCACAAAUCCCAGAGCUGUUUACUCCUCAAAGGGUAUUGGUGAGCCACCCUUAUGUCUAGCAACAUCUGUGUUGAUGGCUACAAAAUCUGCCAUCCAGGCAGCUCGUCUGGAUGCUGGCUACACUGGACAUUUCCAACUGGAUACUCCGGCUGUUCCUGAAAAAAUCAGGAUGGCUUGCAUGGAUAAGUUUGUUCAACAG